UGCGCAUGGCACGUUGCGUACCUCCGCCCAGCAACCGGCCUGCAGGCAGCGCGGCCACUAAGCGGAGGAGGCGGAGUCGAGGCCGGUCGGAGCUGCGAGCUAACUGCACAACCAGGCGAGUGCACGUGAGAGAGGUGGUUAAAUUGUUGAUAGGCUUCCGGAAGUGGAGAACUAACCUCUCUGCCCAGCCCUUGGCGAAGAUUCCUGCAGACUUUUAACUUGACCUCCAACCACUCAAGAAAACCCAGUGGAGCCGGGCCUGGUGGCGCACGCCUGUAAUCCCAGCACUUGGGAGGCUGAGACAGGAGGAUCGUUGCGAGUUCGAGACCAGCUUGGGCUACAAAGUUUAAGGUUUUGAGAUUGAAGUAAGUCUGCACGGUAGGAACUCAUGUCUUUCCUUGUAAGUAAACCAGAGCGAAUUAGGCGGUGGGUCUCGGAAAAGUUCAUUGUUGAGGGCUUAAGAGAUUUGGAACUAUUUGGAGAGCAGCCUCCGGGUGACACUCGGAGAAAAACCAAUGAGGCGAGCUCAGAGUCGAUAGCAUCCUUCUCCAAACAAGAGAUCAUGAGUUGCUUCCUGCCAGAGGCAGGGUGUUACGAGCUGCUCAGUGUCAUAGGCAAAGGAUUUGAGGACCUGAUGACAGUUAAUCUUGCAAGGUACAAACCGACAGGAGAGUACGUGACCGUGCGCAGGAUUAACCUGGAAGCUUGUUCGAACGAGAUGGUGACGUUCUUGCAGGGGGAGCUUCAUGUCUCUAAGCUCUUCAGUCACCCCAACAUCGUGCCGUAUCGAGCCACCUUCAUCGCAGACAACGAGCUGUGGGUUGUCACGUCAUUCAUGGCGUAUGGUUCUGCAAAAGAUCUCAUUGGCACACACUUCAUGGAUGGCAUGAAUGAACUGGCGAUUGCUUACAUUCUGCAGGGGGUUCUGAAGGCUCUGGACUACAUCCAUCACAUGGGUUAUGUGCACAGGAGCGUCAAAUCGAGCCACAUUCUGAUCUCCGUGGAUGGGAAGGUCUACCUGUCUGGUUUACGCAGCAACCUCAGCAUGAUCAGUCAUGGGCAGCGCCAGCGUGUGGUCCACGACUUUCCCAAGUACAGUAUCAAGGUUCUGCCUUGGCUCAGCCCAGAAGUCCUCCAGCAGAAUCUUCAGGGUUAUGAUGCCAAGUCUGAUAUCUACAGUGUGGGAAUCACAGCCUGUGAAUUGGCCAAUGGCCAUGUCCCCUUUAAGGAUAUGCCUGCCACCCAGAUGCUGCUGGAGAAGCUGAAUGGCACGGUGCCCUGCCUGUUGGACACCAGCACCAUCCCUGUGGAGGAGCUGACCAUGAGCCCCUCGCGCUCAGCAGCCAACUCUGGCCUGGGCGAGAGCCUGGCCACCGGCAUCCCCCGGUCUUCCAACGGUGACUCGCCUUUCCACCCCUACCACCGAACCUUCUCCCCACACUUCCACCAUUUCGUGGAGCAGUGCCUUCAGCGCAACCCAGAUGCAAGGCCGAGCGCCAGCGCCCUGCUGAGCCACUCCUUCUUCAGACAGAUCAAGCGCCGUGCCUCAGAAGCUUUGCCUGAAUUACUUCGUCCUGUCACCCCAAUCACCAAUUUUGAGGGCAGCCAGUCUCAGGAUCAUAGUGGAAUCUUUGGCUUGGUGACAAACCUGGAGGAGCUGGAGGUGGAUGACUGGGAGUUCUGAGCCUCUGCAAACCAGGCACGUUCUCCAGCUCAGGGCAUGGGCUGGCACAUUCCCACCCCACCCCCACCUGGUACAGAGUGGGUGCGGAGGACACUGCCAGCAGAGCUGGUUGCUGGCUGACGGGAAGGGCAUUCUGGGAGAGAUGUCUUCGCCGCUGUGUGUCUCUUAAGACAUAAGGGACUCGCAGGAUCACGAAGGUUCAGUAAGCUGACAUGGCCCACCCAGAGAGCUGAGGUGACCCCCUCGGAAGAAGAGAUGCUGUUCUGGCCCGGGACUGAAUCCAAGCCCGAGGUUUGACUCAGCGACCCAGGGAAUUGUCAUUUCUUUUUCCCACCAGUUGCUGUCCUGCCAGCGAAUUCCGUUCAGUUCCUUUGUUCCCAGAUCCUACAGGUCCAUGAAGGGGCAAGUUCAAAGCAACCUGCCUCCCUUGCCCUCUAGCCUCUUCCUAAUAAUUGAAGGGAAAGGUGUUUUUCUCUUGCAAGUACCAGGUGAAAGCUGGGACGUCCAUCCUUAUCUCUCACAUUGCUGGGACCCAGACACCGAAGACCUUCCAGUAGCUCCUCUGUGAAACUCACCUCUUUCCCCAGAAUCUGUCUUCAUGCCUCUGCCACCUGUCUUGGUGCUUCUUCCAAGGGCCAUAAUGUCUUGCCUCACCUCAGAGCCUCAGUCCUUACGCUGUGUUAGUUUCAUUGUCAGAACGAAAUAAAAUGCGUACAGAACUUGUUGGA